UAAAUCUUGGGGUUGGGGGGGGGGGGAUCAAUUAAUUUUUUUCUCGGAGGGAAGGCGAUUUUUUCCAUCCCGCGCAGCUUAGGGUUUUCGCUUCGCCUCCAUGUCGGCAGUGACUGCGCCGCUGGCGAGGGGUGGCUCGGACUGUCAGAUGACGCCUGAAACCAUUGUUGGACAAAGAAGGCCUCCUACGGAAUCAUCUUCCCCGAAUCCAAAAGGGGAUCGUGAGGCGCAACAAACUAAGAAACGAGCGAAAGCGUCCAUGAACGACUUUGUUGAUAGUGAGUGUGGGGAUGAAGGUCCGGAGGACGUAAGCAAAGAAGCGCAACGUGAUAAGGCCCCUCAACCCCACAACGGCCCAGCUAGGGGGAAUGGAGCGGCAACGGCACGCCGGCUGUUUGGCGGUGCUGUACGAACUGACGUCUGGUGCGUAGCAGACUCAGACUCUGAAGAUAUUGCUGAAACGAUCAAAAGAGAAGGCCGGGAUGAUGGUUUUAUGGGAGAGGAAGACCCUAAGUUCCCCUCUAUCCACUUCACUACUGCCGAAGAAAACUUAUUUCGUCAUCAGUAUCGAUCCGCGUUGGUAGUGAAAGCACUUGAGAGAAUGGUGUCUUAUACCCUAAUGGACAGGCGCCUACAAAGCAUAUGGGCAAAAACGGGGGGUGUACAGGUUACUUCUGCCAAGAACGGGUAUUUCCUGGUUAGAUUCACAAGCGGGGUGGACUAUGAAAGAGCGAUCACAGGAGGGCCCUGGUUACUAGGUGACAACUACCUGACAGUGCACCAAUGGACUCCAGACUUUGACCCGUGUGAACACAAGAUAUCAUCUACCCUUGUUUGGGCGCGACUACUACAGAUUCCAAUCCACUAUUUCCAUCCAGUGGCGGUCAUGAAGAUUGGGAACCGUAUCGGAAAGCCCAUCCGUGUGGAUCAGGCUACUAGUACGGGCGCCAGAAGUGAUUACGCUCGAGUUUGUGUUCAAGUUGAUCUGACAAAACCGCUGCUAUCGCAAUUCAAUAUAAACGGUAAGAAAUACUUCAUUCAAUAUGAAGGACUGGAGAAGAUAUGCCUGCAAUGUGGAACCUAUUUUAACCGGACUCGCUGCUACUGUACUACCCCCAUGGUGACUGAGGACCAGCCGAUUGAGCGGGAGGAAGUCAGCCAGAGAGAAUCACAACUUGUUGAGGAGAAGGACGCCAUCUACGGUGAGUGGAUGAUUGCAAAGAAGAAGCCGCGUGCACGCCUGAACCAUACUUCGAAGGGGCCUGCAAGAGGGAGGGAAUCCCAAAAGAAAGGGGGAGCGCCGAGUGGCUCCCGGUACACAUUUCUAGAUGAGGAAGAGGCUACUGUGAGCCACCCUGACCAACACCAGGCAUCCCCUACUCUCCCCAGACAUGAUUCACAUGGGAAAAUAUCGGGGGGAAAAGGUGGUGGUAGGCCGGAGAAAAGAAAAAGGAUUGAAUUUGGGUGACAACUGACAAGCAUGCAACUUCACGUGGGCAAGGGUCACAAAGCCAUGCACGACAAAGUGGAACCGCACAGGAGGAAAGGCGAAAGGAGGAUUAGAAUGGGAAUCAUGCCGUGAAUAGCCCCUUGACUAAUGUGGUGCAAUCAUCGGGUGAAGAGUCUGUGGCGAUCUAUGAAGGGCAUGCGGAAGCUAACGCAGAGAGAGCGACGUCGGGCAAGGAAGGGGUGGUAGCUGCAACAAAUCGGGCACUUCAAUCACCUAAACCCCCAGACCCCUCUGUCCCAUCGGAGGAUAUGCUACUAGAUCCAAAUCCCUUGGGUGCGACGACAAGGUCAGUUUUGAGUGCGAGUUUGAAGGAAAGCCCCAUUGAUGGGGUCUCUCCCGCUCAGAACUAGCUGUUGUGUGCAGCGGGGGCCUAAUUUCCACGACGUUUAGAUGAUCAGUAUCUUUACUUGAAACUGUAGGGGAGCAGGAAGUAACAAAUUCUUGCGGGUCUAUAAAGAGUACAAGCGUAAAUAUAAUCCGGGGAUACAGUGAUUGUUGAACCGCGGAUUAGUGGUGAUAGAGCGGAGAAGGUCAUUGAAAAGAUGGGCUAUGAUAGUAACUUAGUAGUAGAUGCGGUGGGGUUCUCGGGAGUCGGCAGGUAUCUGGUUGCUAUGGGACUCCAACCUAUGUACAAUCAAUGAAACCGAUCGAUCAUCACAGUUUCUCCAUGUGAAAGUCGUUGUGGGACGAUCAGCGUGGUUUCUUACAGCUGUCUAUGCAAACCCUGCUCUGGUACAAAGAAGAGAGCUCUGGCAAUCUAUACGUGAUAUAGCUAAGAUGAUGACAGAGCCUUGGAUGCUAGCGGGAGAUUUUAACUCCAUCCUGCAACCGGGUGACAAGAGGGAGGAGCUCCAUUCGAUAAUAGUCGUGCGCGAGAGUUCCAAGAUUGUGUGUUGGACGCGGGGCUCGUGGACUUGGGUUUUGAGGGACCACCCUUCACAUGGUUCAAGACGGGGGUUAUGGAGCGGCUUGAUCGGGGUCUUACCAACCUUGCUUGGGCAGCUGCAUUCCCGAACACUGCGGUCUACCAUCUACCAAAGAUUAAGAGUGAUCACAAGCCACUCCUCCUCAGACUCAACCCAAAUUAUCAAUCGGCGGGGCCCAAGCCUUUUAAAUUCUUGGCGGCAUGGCUGACACAUGAGGGUUACUUAGACAUGGCUAAACAAGCGUGGGACCGAGGUAAUGAUUUGCUUUCUUCGGUGGCAGCUUUCGUGGAGGAUGCUACGCCUUGGAAUAAAAACGUGUUCGGGCACAUUAUAAAGAGGAAGAACUCCCUGAUGUCUCGCAUUGAAAGACUUGAGAGCAGGGGCGGAGCUAGGAUUUAACGAUCGGGGGGGCCGAAGUUUUCGUAAAACGUUAUCGCAAAAGACUAAAAAAAUAGUUUUGUUUUAUUAUAACCACAACAAUAAAUACAUUAAGUUCAA